GUGUGUGUGUGCCGCACACAUUUUUCAGUUGACUCCGUUGAAAUAAUUUUCGUAACAACGAUCACACGUUCAAAAUCAAAUUCACCGUUUCGCCGUUCGGACGUCGGCGUCGAAAGCGGAAAAAGCGCUAAAGUGAAAAAGCGAAAUAGCGAAAAAGUGCGAAUAUAGAAAUAAAAGGAGAGCCAAGCGCAGCAACAACUUGUUAUUUUUUUCUAUCCAAGCGUCGUUUCGCGUCGCGACAACAACAAGGAAUAUAAUUAACCAAAAACAAGAGAGAGCGAGAGAAAAGCAGCAACCAAAUAGAAUAACAAAUGCAUAAAAUAGUUUUGUUUUUUUUGCCACACUGCAAAAAUGCAGUCAGCGAUUGUUUGUCCCCUGAAAUGAACAGAAAUUAACUGUGAAAUACGAUAGCCGGAAAAUAAUCAAGAAUAUCAAAAAGAGGAUUUCGAAGAGCAAGCGGGAGCGAAAGCGGAAUUAAGGAAAGAGAGAAGAGGAGGAGCGAUGGCCAGCGAGGAUGUGCAAAUCACUAGCGUCAUCGAUGCCAAUGGCCAGAGUUUACCGCUCCAUGGAAACAGUUUGGGCGGUCCUUUGGGCCCGCCCGUCAAACAGGAGCGUCCCGACGACGCCGAAAUCCGUGAACUGGCCGCCAAGAUGAAGGAGCAACAGAAGCAACAGGCCGCCCAGCAGGCAUCCCGUCAAGCGGCCAUGCAGCACUCGAAUGGAGGCGGCAAUGCUUCUGCCCCAGCCGGUGGCAAUAUGCAACCGCCGAUAACCAAUGGGAAUGGACAGACGAACAUCAUGAGCUACCUAUCCCGUCAUCAGAAACUACCCAAUGGCACCAUGCAAGUGGUGCCCGCCCUGGCCUCCAAUGGACGAUCGAACGGGGCCAUCAGUGAUUCCGGUUCUGAUAAGAAAUCCUCAUCGGGACCAUGCGACGAGGAGUCCAUCAAUGGGCACUUCGGUUGGGCCCAGUUCGGCAAGAUAUCCAUACCCUACAUCUUCAGGCAGUCGGAGAAAUACUGCUCCGUUCGAAUGAUAGAGCUCAAACUGCUGGGCAAAUACCUUAACUGCCUGCAUCCGGAUAUCUACUCCAGCUGCACCUGCGUACGCAGCUAUUAUAUCACCGAUGCCGAGGCUCGUCUCUUUAUCGAGAUCAAUCACAAGCACUGCGAUGGUGAGUUCGGCCGGGAUAUCUUCAACCAAAAGGAUCUGGUGGUGCGCCUAAGUGACGCCUCCAAGUUCUAUCAGUUCCUGGACAUUUGCUAUAGGAAACUGGUAUCGGGUAGCAAAACACCAUCGGAAAAGUGCGGUUUCAUUCGCAUCAACAAGGAGUCCGUGGUGCCGUACACUGUGCGAAAUAACCAACAGGUUGUGCCGCUCUUCUACUUCGAAGGCGAAACGGAGAAUCUGAAGACCAAGGCGGAGAUGCUCAAUGGCUGGGAUUUGGCAUAUCUGAAGUUCUGCUGCAAGGUGCAGGGCAUUCGCAACGAGCUCUUCUCCAGCGAAAGCGUGGCCGUCAUAUCGCUGACAGACAUCAAAAGCUACUUCCCCAAUGGCACCGAAUUCGAGGAUUACUGGCCCAGCAAGGUGGUGGACUCGAAUCUGCUGAUGGGCAACCGGGCCAAUGUCAACAAUUCGGUCAAUUGGACGCGUCAGCCCUCGGCGCCACCGCCGAAAAUAACAACAACUGGAAGCGGGUCGUCGGGAUCAUCUUCAUCCACCGGCGGUGGUAGCGGAGGUGGUGGCCUGGGCCAGAACUCAUCCGCAUCCUCCAACUCAGCGGGCGGCGGCGGUGGCCAACAGGUGACAUCGAAGGCGCAGCAACAACAUGCCUCGGCGGCGGCGGCAGCGGCUACCGCGCAGCAACAGCACCUGAUGAAACAACGCGCCGCCGCAGCAGCAGCAGUCGCCGGCGCCAAUGGGGUGGCAAAUGCGGCCAAUAGUUUCGGGGCGGCAGCGGCCGUGGCGGCAUUCAAUUCCCAAACGGCGGCAGCAGCGGCGAUGCUGCAGCAGUCGCAGGGCAACAACAGGAUGCUCUCGCAGGCCACCGUUCAGGCGCUGGCCAGCAGCGGUUGGAUGUCCGGCCAGAGCAACCUGCAGCUCCACGCCCAGAUGAUGCAGGCCCAGCAAACGCAUGCGAACGCAAAUCGCGUGGGCAGCUACCGGGAGCACAUGAACAACCUGAUGAUGAGCGGCAGCAGCCGGCAGCCGUACUCCUACAACAAUCCCGCGAUCUCCAUGUCCUCGGUGAACAGCCACAGCGGGGGUGGCGGAAAUGCCCCACCUCCCCUCGUCCGUUCGGCGGCCGGACAAAAUGCCAAUCACAUGUCGAAUGUCGAGCAGUCACUGGUGCAACAACAACAACAACAACAACAGCAACAGACACAACAACAACAACCGCAACAACAACGACACCAGAACAGCACAUUUAACAACAACAACAACAACAGCAACCGUGCACCACAGCAACACUCUUCACCAAACAACCAGAACAAUAGUAACCACCACCAUCAUCAUCAUCAACAACAUGCCUUAGCCAAAAGUCUUAACAGCAACAGCAACUUGCACAGCAGCAGCAACAUGAACAGCAGCAACAUGAGAAAUUGCAACAGCAACAGCAACAUAAAUGGCACCCAAAGCAGUAACAGCAACUCCAAUUCGGCGGCUGCUGUGGCCGCUGCUGCUGCCGCCGGUUAUGUGCAAGCUCUUUUGGGAGGCGCCGGCGGUACGGGGGGCGUGGCUGGUGGCGCUGGCGCCGGCGGCAAUGCCUUCAACUACAACCUGCCCUCCACUCGAGCGGAUUACACGAAUCUAGCACUGUGGAAUCAACUAACACCCGCCCAACGUUUGCUCUUCAGUCAGCAGUUGAAAGGUGCAGGCCCAGUUGGCUCGCCUGGUCAUCCCGGCAAUCCUGGAUCCACUCAUCCCGCUGCCAAACAGAACUUUCCCGCCUUACCCUCUUUACCGCUGGACACAGACUUGAUAACCAUGCUGGACUAUAAUAAUCCCAAUAAGGCUAACAAAAAUCAGAAAUCUGGUGGUGGAGGUGUCACAUUCACCAAACCCAUUGUGCCACCAUUGAUACCAGAUGGAUCGGGAGCCGAAAUAAGUCUGACCAAGAGCAGGAGAGGAGCAGGCGAGGGAGGAGCUGGAACUGGAGCUGGAGCUGGAGCUGGAGCUGGAGGAGGGGGAGGAGGAGGGGGAGGAGGGGGAGUAGCGACCACCGGAAGUGGCACUACCAUACCACUAAACUCCACGCAAGCUCUCGAGGAUUUCGAAAAGAAGUUCACCGUCAUGACAGACGAAAUGCGGGCUGUUAUACAAAAGGUUCUGGCCAAUCCGGACCUCUCCACAUUCAUACAAACGAAUUCCAGUAACAAUAAUAGUGCAAAUCAAAAUCACUUGGUGCCUUCGUAUAUAUCGCCGCCGAUGUCGCCCUCAGUGGGUGGUCUAAAUAUGGGCAUGGCCCUGGGCAAUGUGGCCACGUUGACAUUGGCCUCCAAUCCGAAUGUGACGAUAACGCCACAGUUGCCGGGACACUUUCUGCAUUCGCCGUCGAGUUCGUGUUCCAGUUCGAGUGCCUCGAAUACGGCGGCAUCGCCAUUGAGCAGUGGUGCAGGUGGUGGGGCAGGUGGUGGCGCAGCUGGGGCAUUAUCCGGUGGGGCAACUAGUGGGACAAUAUCUGCUGGUCGGCAAAAGAGCGUGAUUUGUUCGACCAAAAGCAAUAACCUACCGAUGGCCAUACUUUCGCUAGCUAGCAAUAAUUCAGGUGGGGUUAGUUUAAAUUCGGGGGGACGACGAAACAACAACAACAACAACAAUAAUAAUAAUAACACAAAUAGUAAUAAUAGCAAUUAUGGGCGUCAGACACACAGCCAAAGUAGUAGUAACCACAGCAAUACACAAACCACACAACAACAACAACAAUCACAACCACAACAACAACCAACACCCACUGACGUAAUUGAUCUGUCCUCCUCCCGAAGGUCACUUGCUGCAUCGGCGGCCUAUUUGCAGCAGCACUCGUCGGCGGUGGCCCAACAACAGCAACAAGUGGCAGCCGCAGCGGUGGCCCAACAUCAACGUUUGGCCGCCGCCGCCGCCCAUCAUGCCCAGCAAAAUGGACGCAGUUCCUCGAAUUCUGGCAAUUCCGGCAGUUCCGCGAAUUCUUCAGGAAACAACAACGGUACGAGUAACUCGGGCUCCGCCGGCAAUGGCUCAACCGGCAACGGUAGUGCCUCAUCCAAUAGCGCCUCCAUGCAUCUGCAACGGCAUGCGGCACUCGCUCAUGCCGCCGCAGCGGCCAAUGCGGCAGAUAGUGCCCAGCGGCUGUGCGUCAUACCCGAAAUACCCACGAACAACAUGAACCUGACGCCCUACAAGGUGCAACGCGUGUGCGUCGACAAGCACCUGGUGCCCUGCAUCAACAUGAAGGCCUACAACGAUUCCGAGCAGCUGAUGACCCUCAUCGAGUUCCAGAAGAACUUCUUCCCGUCGGUGCCACUGGAUCACUGCAAGCGUUUGAUUGAGGCACUCGGCGUGGAGCUCUACAAGGCGAAUCGGCGACAGGUGCAGAUCCUGAUGGAGUUCGACCGCAGCUACAACGAGAACAUGCCGCUGGUGCAGGUGCGCGACAUCAUCAAGUACAUGACGCAGCUGACCUUUAUGACGCGCCAGCCGGAGCAGCCGCCGGCCAAAAGGACGCGCACGAGCUAGGAAUUAAGCUGGGGAGCACAACAUUUGCCACCAUUAACAACAACAACGACCACAACAACAACAGCAACAGCAGUAGCAGUAGCAGUAGCAGCCACAAUAACAACCACACCGACAACACCACCAUUAAGCACAACAGCAGCCACAACAAGCAACAGCAACAGCAACAGCAGCAACAGCAACAGCACGGCAACAGUUCACUCAAGAUCAACAGCAGCAACAGCAAUAGCAGCCGGAACUUCGGUGGUAGCCACUUCGAUGAGGAGAAGGGCAUUCACACCGCCAGCAAAUGUGAGCGGCGGCGGCAGUGGCGGUGAAUUGCUGACCAGGCGCAGGGCUCUGGCCCCACCGCCAGCUCCGCCAGUUCCUGCCACACCACCUGGCACACCUGCAACAUUAUCAUCAUCAUCAUCAGCAGCAGCAGCAAUACCUGCAGCAGCACACAACACCACCAGCAACGCAUACGAAAUGUUGUACUCCCACAACCAAAAACACCCACAGCCACACCCGCUACACCAAGCAGCCCAGCAGCAGCAGCAGCAGCCGCAGCUGCAGCUGCAGCAGCAGCACCACCACCAGCAUCCGCAGCACCAUGAGCAGCAGCGUCUGCUGAAGAAGCGGCAACAUGCCGAGCAGACGGCUGCCAAAAAUCAUCCGCGAAGCGCUGCUGCAGCUGCCCAGAAAAUGGCCGAAGCCGAGCAUGCCUACUUGUCCAAUUUGUAUGGCAAGGCGGCGGCCAGCAUGUUGAGUCCACCGCUGGGCAAUGUCGUCCUGCCCGAAUGGGAGCAGAUGAGGCAGCGCAGGACGCAGGCGGCGGUAGCAGCACCGCCAGCCCACCACCAGCAGCAACACCAACAGCAGCAGCAGCAACAGCAACAGGCGACGGUGGCGCCACCUCAGCGACAUAUAAUGCAUCGCAGGCAUAGCGUUUGUGCAGCCGGAUUGGCCAGCCUGUCGCCCGCCUCCUCGACGCACUCCUCUUCGACGGCCUCGCCCACAACGGCGGCGGCAGCUGCUCUGGCCGCCGCAUCCUAUUACGGCAGUGCAGCGGCAGCGGCGGCGGCGGCCUUUACGGCACCAUAUCAGCACCAUCAUCAUCAUCAUCAUGCAGCGGCGGCGGCAGCAGCGGCCCAUCAUCAUGCGGCGGCAGCAGCAGCGGCAGCGGCGGCAGCAGCGGCGGCCCAUCACACACAUGGCCAGCCAUCGCCCACCAUUUAUCCACCCACACCGCCGCCAUCGGCGCCCUGGGUGCAUCCUUGGUAUGCCGGCGAUGCGGCCUUUUGAGCGAAAGAUCGUUGAUCGUUGAUCGUAGAUCGUAGAUCGUAGAUCCUACAGAUGAUCCUAGACAGAUCAGCAACAGAUCCCAAGGGGCAACCAACUCAAGCCCCACAUUGUACAUUCGAGUUUCUAGUUUGUUAAGCUAUUUAUUAAAGCGACAAAGAAAAAGGGAGAAACACAGUGAGAUAGGACGAUAGAGGGAGAGGAGAGCCUUCAAACAUUUUUUUUUUGCGCGCAAGUCUGGAGGAGAUUAGGUUGUAAGUAGGCUAACUAAAACAAUUUCUGGGCAUUAUAUGUCAACUAACCAAUAAUCGAGGGAAACCUUUUUGAUGAUAUACAUAUAUGGACUACUAGAGCUGCUGGGAUUUCGUUUGGUCAAAUAACAACAGCAAACAACAAACAAACAUUUUCAAAUGAGAACUCAAAGAACUGAUUACAUUUUAUUAUCAAAAAACCCAAAAAACACACACACACACAUACAGAGAAUAAUUCGUUUUCAUUUCUUGAUUCGUUCGACAUUUUUUCGUGGUUUUAAAGCCUUUUUCUAGCAAUAUUUAGGUACAUUAACAGAUAUGUUAUAUGCUAUACAUAUGUAAUAUAUAAGUAAAAAGCCAAUAAACUCGUCAUAUUGUAAGCAAGAAAUUAAAUUUCUUGCGAUUCAAAACUAUGCAAAAAACUACCAACUACCGUAAAAAAAAAACUAAAAGCAAA